AUGGCGGUCCUUCUCGCCGUCGUCUCCGCCGCUCACGCCGCCGAUGCGCCCGCACCUAGCCCUACCUCUCCCGCCUCCGUCAUCUCUCCCUCAUUCGCUGCCGGUUUUCUCGCCGCCGCUGUAGGCCCCACAACAACAGUUCCAAACAAACUCAACGGCUCAGCUCAAUCCAAUGUUCCUCAGUCUGUUUUCGACACUACAUGGGAAAGCGGGUCAAAACAUGGUAACCUGACUCAUUCGUUGGGUCCUACAUGCAAGGACUUUCCUUGA